AGCGAGGAGUGCGGUUCAGAGGGAGAUUAAUUGAAUGUUGAUUCUGUAGAGUGGAAGCCGGAAGUACAGCAUAGAGUAUCGAGAUCUAAAAGAUUUUAGAACACGGAACUGUGCAUCAGGAAAUAGUGGAACACCACAUUGAAUAAACCAAAUAAUUAAAAUGCCUCGAGUGCGUCCAACAACUAAAUUAGGCGUUUAUGGCCAAUAUGAUUUGAACCCGGAAAAGGCAGUUACAUUGUACACUGAAUCGAAAUUGCAAAAUCAACUCUACAUCAAAACCCCCAAUUGGGAUGUUGCCCGACUGAGUUUUGACCUCAAAGGAAUCCAGAGCAACCGAGAGUAUGAAGAAGUCACCAAGGAACAGGGCCGAAUGCGUGCCCAUUCACAUGAGCAAUUCCAGCUGAAUGAAAAACGACUAAAGGAGGCAGACAAACUGCUACAAACUCUGUGGGAGGAUUUCGUCGAAGUUAACGACUUCCUGAAGGACUGUGAAUUGAAAGAAAAUGAGUCCUAUGGAACUAUGGAAAAUGAGAAAAGAAAGCAAGAAGAAUACACCGAAAAGAUUCGACAACUGGAUGACGAUUUAGCUGUUUUGAACAAUUUUGUAGAUAAUUACGAGCAGACCAUAGAAAAGUAUGCUCCUUUUGAAGCCGUACUCACCGAGACCAUUGAAAAUUCAGAUGCAUACGAAACAAUAGAGGAUCUGACCAAACGCUGCGACUCAUUACUUUUGGCACAGGUGGAAAUAUCAGAAAUUGAGCAGCAAAAAAUUCAAGAGAUCGAAACCAUAAGAGAUAAUUUGAUGGAAUCUACAAAAACAGCGUUACAUAUCAUCACAGGUCUAAACAACGAUCUUUCUGAACUACAAGGACGAUAUGUGCACGCUUGGGAAGAGUGUCUGAAAUGGGAGAAGUCGAUAACCACAGCCAAAAGCUAUAUGGCUGCCAAUGAGAUGAAAACCAGCUGCAUGCUUGACGCAAUAUAUCAUCUUUAUUGUUUGAUCCGUAAACGACGCGGAGAACAGCCAAAAUAUUUCAGAGAAAAUGUCGAAAAACAGCUGGAUUUUAUUAAGGAAGAGGCAGGAAUCAUGCAGGAAAUUCACAAUUUGGCUGUGAAAAAACUGGCUAAGGAAAAUAUGAGUUUGGCAGCAGAGAAGGGCUCGAUUAAGGCAAAACCAGUUAUUUUUCCAGCAACGAAGAAACCUAAGGCUUUCGGACUUCAAAAUUAAGAUGCUUAAAAAAAGCUUUACUUUAAUCUGUUAUAUAGUACAUUUAAAUGAUAUUUGCAAUAAAUAAAUCAUGCUCUGCAAAUACUCAA